CUGGAAUUGCGACGCUCCGAGCACGCGAGCAAUGAUACCCAGAGGCCAAUCGUGUUGCUGAUAUUCGAGCUCCUUGCGUCGUCUCUGGCGCGUUCAAUCCUUUGCUGACGAUCGAAGGCUGGAGGUUCGGCCCCGCCGCUGAACAAUGGCCGCGACGGUGAAGACAGCCGCGGUGCCGGCUUCGGCAACCGCAGAAAAGAAGAAGCCAAGUGCUCUGAGGUCGAUCAUUGCUGGCUCAACAGCCGGCGCGAUUGAGAUUGCGAUCACAUAUCCCGCAGAAUUUGCAAAGACUCGGCAACAGCUCAAUCUACGACUACCGGACAGCAAGAAGCUGCCAUGGCCCAAGUUCGGGCGCGAAUGGUACGCCGGCUGCACGACGCUGGUCAUUGGUAACUCCAUCAAAGCAGGCAUACGCUUCGUCGCCUUCGACACGUACAAGUCGCUCCUCGCCGACGCGCAAGGCAACGUCUCCGGUCCGGCCAACGUGAUCGCCGGCUUCGGCGCCGGCGCGACCGAGUCCCUUCUCGCCGUCACGCCGUUCGAGUCGAUCAAGACGCAGCUGAUCGACGACCGCAAGCGCGCCCAGCCACGUAUGCGCGGAUUCCUCCACGGAACACAGGUCAUCUUCGCCGAGAAGGGCGUCCGCGGCUUCUUCCAGGGCCUCGUGCCCACCACCGCGCGCCAGGCCGCCAACUCGGCCGUGCGCUUCAGCAGCUACACCAGCCUUAAGCAGCUGGCGCAGAGCUACGUCGCCCCGGGCGAGAAGCUCGGCGUGCUCAGCACGUUCGGCCUCGGCGCCGCCGCCGGCACCAUCACCGUCUACGCUACCAUGCCGCUCGACACCGUCAAGACCCGCAUGCAGAGCCUCGAGGCCCGCAAAGAGUACAAGAACAGCUUUGACUGCGCGGCAAAGAUAUUCAGGAACGAAGGUCUCCUCACGUUUUGGGCGGGCGCGGUGCCGAGAUUGGGCAGGCUGGUGUUCAGCGGGGGCAUCGUUUUUGCCAUGUACGAGAAGUCCAUGGAGAUUAUGGACAAGAUAGAUCCAAAGGGCCAGUAUAUAUAAUGGGUAAAUGAUAGACGCGAAGCAAUUCACACGUCCUUGACCACCACUGCUAUAACCUCCCCCAAACUUGUAUUAAUCGAAAGCGUCACGCGGAUUGUAAAGCGAAUAUGGGGAAAACAGGAGCGGCAUGAAACAAUAGCAGUAGAAAAAAAAAGAGUGAGGUGCGUACGUGGAUCCAUUCAUCAUUCUGUUUUAUUCAUCGAAAAGUUCAUCCUAUAUAAAUACAUUCCAAUCACUCUUUCGUCUCA